AUCUCUUUAUUUUUUAUUCAAACAUUGUUAAAUAUUAACGGAAUGCACAACGUGUAUUUCUUGAAAAAUAUAAGAACAAAUAAAUUAAACUGUUAUUGACAAUAUUUCCAUAAGCCAUAAGCCAUUCAGUGAUCGCAAGUUAUCUAAAUCCAAAGUAUUGAACUGUUAACUUAAAAUGUCUGUUGAGGAGAAAGAAAUGCCGAUUGAGGAAAACCUGCUGGUUUUUGUAUAUCACGAGAAUUGCGAUAUUGAUGAAGCAAAGCAAUUGCAGAUUUAUCUCAAUAGCAACAACUGUACGUGUAAGAUAUACAGCCAAACGAAUGAGCCAGGAAAACAUCUUCUACAACAACUUCACGGCUCCGUAAAUCCGUUCACCCCCGUAAAUCAGAACCAAAGAGUCGUUUUGUUUUUCUGAUAACAAAAAUAACUGAAGAGACGGGGUUGAUAACUUUCGCAGUCGUGGCAGCUUUAGAAAAGGUUUCUCUUCAAACAUGCAUGCCUAUAUUUAUUGGAUACAAAGGAAAAUCCCAAACAAGCGAGUCUUUGAAAAGGGGUCUUCUAGCCUUGACACCCAGUGUUUUUGUUGACUUGGACAAAGAAAGUGGAUUUGAUUCACUUCUAUCAAGAAUGAAAUCUUCCAAAUAUUUGGCGGAAGAUUUGCCAGUGGGCAACUUACACCAUGGGUUGGUCUACUCUCAUAUUUCAGGCUUCAUGGGAUAUUUGGUAGAAGAGCUGCAAAAACGUCUUGCACAGAAAUGCAAAGAAUAUGAACAUGAAAAGAAACGUUUGGUCGAUAGAUUCCUUUUGGUCAUACCUGAAACUUGUGAAGUUCCAUCCGGCCUGCUAACAGGAAAUGAAUCCGCAUCCAUUUGUAUUUCAACAGCAUUAAAGGAAGGCACAACAGUGGAUGAAAUUGCAUUUCAAAGGGAACAUGCUGGAAAGACAAGAACUUACAAAGUGACAAUCUACAAAAUAAAAAGUGAAAAUGAAGAGUUCUACAUCUGUGCCCAAGUGCCAACAGUUUUGACGGCCAUCUCUCAACUCGCACAGAAGCAUCUCGGCAAGAUAGACGUUGGCCUAGAGAAGCAGAGAUUUCAUCUGCUAUACCAGCAGAUAUUGGACCUCAAAGGGUGGAAUGACACAGUGAAAUUAGUCUCCUGCAAAGAUGAAGCAGACAUUCCCCGUGCAUUGUUUGAUGCUGCUAAGACAUUAGGCACGGGUAAUAAGGAAAUCUUGGAUUUACAGAAAGCAACCAUCCGACCUGAUGAACAACAGGGAAGAGUGUACCUUCGAUAUUUUGAAUCGGAUUCGGACAAAAAGGUGGGAAAAGACAUUACAAGAUUGCUGGAAAAGAAGCAAAUUCAAACGUUUACCUCAUUGCCUGGGGAGGGAGUACUUAACCGUCAGGGAACACAUGAAGGCUGGGUCAUAUGUGUCCUUUCUAAAGCUGCGCAAGAAGAUGGCGUUUUCUCAUUCAACGUCAUGACCGACAUACAAACCAGUGUUGACAAAUGCAAGAUGCAAGUUAUGCUUGUAUUGAAUGGCCUACAAAUAUCCGAUGUUCCACACUGUAUAAAAUGGGUCCGCUUCUUCCAAGUGACUGCGGACGAAUUCUACCUGAACGGCAUUCUGAGAACAGUUUCAGGUGCCCCUGUCGACAUCAGCAAGGCACUUCCAGCAGGUGACGUGAUUCCUGGUUUAGCCUGGGCAUACGUGCAAAACUACCUGAUGAAAACUUUGACCAACACAUUGGGCAAAAGAAUCAAAGCAUAUCUUGAGAAGAAGCAGAUAGAGUGCGGAUGUAUUCAAACACUUGUUAUUGUCUGGAUAAAAUCAUGUAAUACUGGCCAAUGGUUGACAAACUUAGCAAACAAUGGCGUUGAUAAGCGCCAAGUGGAGCAUUUGAAAGGAGAUUUAGAGCCAACUAUUGACGAAUUUGGUGGACAGAUUGGUCGACCUUUCAACUUGAACGUCUUCAAAUUCACAGACACCAGGGAUCCAAAUAAUAUAUUUGAGCGGUGUUUCCUAGCCGAGUAUUGCACACCCAUGCAAUGCGUCAAGAUGAUGGAGGAAGAAUAUGCUGGCUUGUCUUCGGCUGCAAUGCAAGAACAAGGGCCGAGGUUCAAGGAAACGUUUGACGAGAUCAUGUCCCGUGGACCAAUACAAGCAAUAUUUGGUGACAAUAAAGUGUCACUGAUCUACUUAGAUGAUGGUCCAGGCGCCAGUUCAGAAAUACGCCUCAUGGACUCGUUGGAGAGAGCGAUUCGGGACUCCAAAACAGUGAUCUUUCGAAAAUAAAACGUUUGCGGAGAUGAGGUGACCAACAUUUAAAAAAAGUGCCAUUAAUUGCAGUAAAUAUUAUGGAACAUAGAUGUACAGUGUAUACUGAAAAACAACAGAGAGACUACUUUUAGUGUUCAGUAAUUAAACUUGCAUUUUGUUACUGAGUAAUUCACUGUUUAAGACAUAUUGACAUUUAAUUAUUACUUACCGAUUAUGUAAGUGAACAUACAUUUAUAUAUUUUGACGACACGUUUUUAAUAAUAACAUACGCUUUAAAAAGAUGCCGCUAGACUUCAUUUGAAUAACAUAAUUUUGCAGCAAAACUGACUCUGGUUUGCGAAAAUGAGUAUUUCUUUAGUGAUAAGUUUAUUUUACAGUUUUCACUUAAUAAUGCGUUUCAUGGUAUAUGAAGUCAAGUUAUAUUCGAAAAUAAGUUUGGUAGGUUGUAGUUUAUUAAAUCCAUUUACAUUUUUUUGUUUGGUAAGUCUGUGUUACUUUUAGCAAAUAUUUUACUUUCGACGUUGGAAACAAUUUUUAUGGUGUAUACAAAAUUGAUUAUAUUUGAUUGUGUAUUAAUAUCCAUAAUUGAUUUAAAAACAUAUACUUCAUGUGAUAUGUUAUUAAGCCUUAACGGUAUAAAAGGCAGUCCUUUUUAUAGGCUAUAAUAUGACUCGUACUUAAAUAUUUUAACAUCGUUAUGAAGCUUGUAAUAUGUGAACUGUAAUGAUGUUAAUUAUAAUUCAUGUUUAUGGCUCUACAUGUAUAUCUUCUAAGAUUGUUACAUAUAACAUAUUGUAUCCAUGUAUGAUUCACAUUAAUUUUAAUAAUUAAAGCAUUCUCUGUGUUAUUUAAAACUCAAUUUAAAUCUUGAAUAAUUAUGGUUAUUUAGGAAUAGUUAUGUCAAGGAGCUACGUUUUUAUUCAAGCCACUUAUACUUUAUCAGUCUUAGCCUUAGCACAAUAAACUGUUUGAUGCCUUUGUUGCCUCGAUUCUUAACGAAAAAAGCGAGGUUUGGAGAUUAACUUAAGCGGAAAAUCCAACGAACAUCCUGCAAAUGGCUUAAAAUGUGAAAUCUUCUACAAAUUCAAAUGCCGAAGUAGAUAUCCGAUAUUUCUAAGAAGUUAUUUUUUUUAAUCGCCUAACUGCAUUUUGU